UGCCAAAAAGCCAAGGAGGGUAACAGCAUAAUCUCAAGGGUGGUGUGUUUCCUCUUCUCUUCUGUCACGGCAGUAAGGAAAUUCUGGGAAAACUAGAGUUGGCAAGACCCAAAAGGCCUACAUUGAUAAUAUUAAAUUUAACAAAAGUUUAAUUCCUUGGCAGGUGUUUCUACUCCGAUACCGGCAAGAUGCCAGCAGCAAUUGUGGAGAACAGUCAGGUUAUCUGUGAAGUAUGGGCAAACAAUCUGGAAGAAGAAAUGAGGAAAAUUCGAGAAAUAGUUCUCAGCUACAGCUACAUCGCAAUGGAUACAGAGUUUCCAGGAGUCGUAGUAAGGCCAAUUGGUGAAUUCCGCAGCUCCAUAGAUUAUCAGUAUCAACUUCUUCGGUGUAAUGUUGAUCUUCUGAAAAUCAUCCAGCUGGGCCUAACUUUCACGAAUGAGAAGGGGGAAUAUCCUUCUGGGAUCAACACCUGGCAGUUUAACUUCAAAUUCAACCUUACGGAGGACAUGUACUCACAGGAUUCCAUAGACCUCCUUGCAAACUCUGGGCUGCAGUUCCAGAAGCAUGAGGAUGAAGGGAUUGAUACCUUGCACUUUGCAGAGUUGCUCAUGACCUCAGGGGUGGUGCUCUGCGACAAUGUGAAGUGGCUCUCAUUUCACAGUGGCUAUGACUUUGGCUACAUGGUGAAACUGCUGACGGACUCCAGGCUUCCAGAGGAGGAACACGAGUUCUUCCAUAUCUUGAACCUCUUCUUUCCAUCCAUCUAUGAUGUCAAAUAUCUAAUGAAGAGCUGCAAAAACCUUAAGGGAGGCCUUCAAGAAGUUGCAGAUCAGCUGGAUUUACAACGAAUUGGACGACAGCAUCAGGCAGGAUCAGACUCUCUGCUCACAGGAAUGGCAUUCUUCCGAAUGAAAGAGUUGUUCUUUGAGGACACGAUUGAUGAUGCAAAGUACUGUGGGCGGUUAUAUGGCCUUGGCACAGGAGUGGCACAGAAACAGAAUGAGGAUGUGGACACAGCCCAAGAGAAGAUGAGCAUCUUGGCUAUUAUCAACAACUUGCAGCAGUGAUAAGUGGGUACCACUCAGCAAGAUAUGGUCCCAGAGUGGCAGCUGUAGUCCUAAACUGUUUCCAGCAGUCUCUCUCAUCCAAAUGACGUCCAACAGUAUGCAUUUGGCAUGAGGACUAGAGAUUUGCUGAAGACAAAAGAUGCUCCUCAUUUUGGUUCAAACUUAGAAGAGGGGAGUUAAUAACAAUGGCAGCAUUGGUGACUUGCCAUCUUUUUAGUACCAAGGACAAGAGAGAGAGAAUUAAUGUAUAUACCUCUGUUUUCUUCCUUUUAAAAUAUACUGAAUCUGCAAGGAAGACCUUACUCCAGAAUGUUCAGCAGAACUGAGGUUCUGAAAUGCCAGUGAAAUCAGAGAGACAGAUGCAUUUGCAGAUUGUGCUUUAAGAAGCUUAUUUUAAAUUUUUUUGUUGGCUGUAAGGGUGACAUCUGCCCCUCACCCUUUGCUUGUUUUUAUCUUUGUGUAUUCUUCUGUAGAAAUGACCCACUCGUUCAUGGCAGAGUUUUGGGACAGGAUAAUGUAACAGACUUUCCCUGGAGCUAAAACACUGAAAUAGACCUGUCUUGGUAACAGUCAGACGUGGUGUAUUUGAAGCUGAGGCAACCACCUUCAUAGCUCCUAAUUCAGUACAAUUUCCCACUUUCUUUAGCACUGUUGUGCCACAGAGGUGUGUCCCACCUGUAAGACUCAUCUGUCUAAUAAUGAACUGUUCUGCAGUUGUUUAAAAUGGCCUAGAAGUUUGCCUUUUCUAGAAGAGAUUUGUAACAGUUUGGACCAAAAUUGAUGUUGACUUCAGCUACUUGAUAUUACCUGAUAAUGUGGAAGAUUUUACCCUUUUCAUUACAGCAUGAGCAAGUUUAGUAGGUGCAUAAAUGUGAAAAAGUGGCUCUAGUUUUAUAUUUUAGUUAUUUAACAGCCUGGCAAAGCAAUUGGAUUUCCCUUUUAUAGAGAAUAUCCCAAGGGUGGGAGGCUCACAAUUCUGACUUUUUUAAAUAUUAGAUAUUCUAAAAGCACACACCUAUAUUUUUGAACAGCUUGGAAAUAUGUUUAAAAGAAAACCCAAAACUUUUGCCCAGAGCAAAUUAAAACUAUUUCUGAGUUUUGCAUUUUAACAAGCUUAUACAAAUUCUUGAUUUUUUGCAAUGAUUAAAACGUUAUAAGCUGGUAUUUAAAAUGUGUGUAAAUACUAUUGAUGUUUUUAAUUUUGUAAAAUAAAGAUUUUUUUUUUAAACCA